AAAAACAGCAAAUGGGAGAAGCAGAUGAACACAAUAAUUUAGUAGUUGCUGGAUAUUGGUAGGGAGUCAUGUCCCUAGUACACCGUUGGUAUACCUUGAGCGCAAUGUGCUUUUUGGAAAAGUUGCUAGGUUAGUCUGAAAAGUUGCUAAAUUGGCAACACUGGAACUUUCCGCAUUGGGAUGAGUCAUGAGCAUGAUAGGCAUAACUCGCUUCCUCGUUCCCCUGAUUAAAUGGCACCGACCGUCCCGUCCCGUCCAGCAUGUCAGAAACACAGCAGUAGCCUACACAGGCCAUCUGUUAACUGCAGGAUUUCUCAUGAUAUCGGGAUCUGCAGCCAUGCACAGCGAGAUUUCAUAUGCUUGUGUAGAUGCUCAUUGACUGCAGCUGAUUGUGAAGCUCUGGCUCAGAUGCUCUCUGGAGGCUCUCCACUGCGAGUGCUCAAUCUGAGUGGGACUUAUAUGGAGGAUCAAGGCCUUAUUCAUCUCAGCAGUGCACUGGAGAACUGCAGACUACUUGAAAUUGAUCUGUCCUCGUGUUCACUGACGAUGGCAUCCAUGCCUGCGCUCUCUUCGGCUCUGCGCAGCGGUUUUUCAGAGCUGAGGAAGCUAAACCUGAGCCGGAACACAGUGAUGGAUGAUGGGAUAGAGCUGAUCUCACAAGUUUUAAAGAAAGGCUGCCUCAACACAUUGAAUAUGUCUAGCUGUGAGUUGACUGGCUCCUGCUGCUCUUCUCUGGCAGCUGCCCUCCAAUCAGAAACCUGCUGUCUGACUGAGCUGGAUCUGUCCAUAAAUGAUCUCGGCCAAUCAGGAGCGAUGCAGAUAUGUGAAGCACUUAAGGCUCCUACAUGCACACGGGAAAAACUGGAAAUGAACAGAUGUGAGUUGACCGAGGAGGUGUUUGGAGCGCUGGGGAGUAUUUUGGUGUCUGCCAUGUCAAAGCUCGUCAGUCUCUCGGUAGCAGUGAACGAUGUGGGCGAUGCUGGAGUCAAACACAUUUGGGAGGCGCUGAGACACAAACACUGCAAACUACAGCACCUGGAUCUGGAGAUGGUGUCGCUCACAGACGCUUGCGUCGAGGAGUUAUGUGAAUCUGUUGCUUCCUGUAGCACCUCAUCAACUCUCAUCCUAAAGAACAAUGGCAUGACUGACUCCUCCGUACCGCGACUGGUCAAAUUAAUGCAGGACUGUCCGCUAACGACCGAGCUAAAUCUGAAGUAUAAUGACUUCAGUGAAGAUGUUUUUGAGUUGAUGGACAAAUAUUGUUUAUUAGACAAACACAUCUCACCUGCAUCACUUGGAUCACCUGCAUAUUUAUCUGCAUAAAAAUAUUGUUUUUAAAAUAGAUGCAUGCUUCAAGUAUAAAAAUGCUUUUAUUAA